GUAGCUUCCUGUAGCCGGAGCACUGCUGGCUGAAGGGUGGAGACUGAACGGCGCAGCGCAGCGGCUCUCAGCUGGAUCAGCGGGGCACGGAGGCAGCCUGGCUUUGUGUGUGUGUGUGUGUGUGUGUGAGAGAGAGCGCCAGAUCUUGGAUACUCCGUCACACAGGGGCUCUCCGACACGACACGCUAGGCAUACGGACAGAGAAGAAAUCAAGCAGAAACUGCUGACUGAACUGCAGUCGGAUGCUAGACUGGGGGCUCGGCAGAUGAGGAAGUUGCCGAUCUGAAAAGAGAAGUCAGGGGUUUGACCGAGAACGCUUCCACCGCACGUCAGCGCCAGAUUCUCCCGUUCCAAGACAGCCCGUUCAGGCUACAGUAGAGCCUCAUGGCCAGCAACAACACCGCCAGCAUUGCCCAGGCCAGGAAACUGGUGGAGCAGCUCAAGAUGGAAGCCAACAUCGACAGAAUAAAGGUGUCAAAAGCAGCCGCAGACUUAAUGUCAUAUUGCGAAGCCCAUGCCAAAGAGGACCCGCUCCUGUCGCCUGUGCCAGCAUCCGAGAACCCGUUCAGGGAGAAGAAGUUCUUCUGUGUUAUACUGUAAAGGGUCCGGGCCUCUAAGCCGGUCCAUCGGACCGGCGAGUGGACGCUCAAUAUGUAGAAUUUUCUAGCUGAGGCAUGAUAAAUGCCUUCAUCGAAUGCUCGCGAUGAGUGAAACUUAAACCAACCAGUAUAUUUCAAACAAGCCAGGUUGAGACGGGAUGUUGCAUGUUUUAACGGAAACUUGUGGGUUCCCCUCUGGGGACGGCGAUGACCGUGAAACAUGUUGACAGGAAACCUAGAGAGUUCACAAGGUGUGUAGUGUAGCAGCCCAUGCUGACUGGUGUAGAGUUGUACAAAAAAGAAAAAAAAAAAAACAAUUUUGUGGUUCUUUUGAAAAAUACUAAUGUUCAGUUCGAUGGUUAAAUGGUAAGAGUUACCGCGCUGAUUGCGUUCUUCUUCGGAUUGCCUUUUUAUUGGAAUGUUUCUUUGAGUUCAUUUUUAAGUUAAGGUGGUUUGGCUAUAUUAUUUAGAUAGCGUUCAGUUACUUGUGUUUACUUAUUUGGCUGUGUUAACUUUUUUUAUUACGUAUCAUUAUAUUAGCAAAAGCAUUUUUUAAUGAAAAGUUUCAAAGUUCAAAGCCAAAUUCUUACAAAUAUACAUCUUUAAAUAUGCUGAAAAACAUAAAGCCAGCGAUUGUGGUUUUUUUUUCUUUUUUCUUCUGAUACUCACUAAUUCUCUUUCUAACAUUUGUAAAAAUUUGCUAGCAAGUAAAGUGUUUUGUGCUUGAAUGUUUGUGGUGACACCAGUAAUAACUGCAUGGAAAAUGGCAAUCGAUGUUUUUUCUUUAAGUGUAAAGACUGUUUUCAGCCAGGCAGCAUCUGUGUGGUGUUUCCAACUGUAUUAAAUUAUAAUAAUUGAAAAUUA